AUGUUUGGCCACGUCGAGGACUCCCCCCGCCGCUGGGCCAGCCACCUCCUCUCCAUCCGAGACGCCGCCGCCGCCGCCAACGCCGCCGCCGCAACCUCGGACGGCGACGGCGUCGGACGGGGCGGGCACCGGCGCCGCGGGCGGAUCACCGAGUUUGUGCCGCUGCCGUUUGUGCACAUGCAGGCGCCGGUGUACCUGAAGGGCGGCGCGCGGCGCGGGCCGACGCUGCGCGAGUGCGUGCUGCUGCACGCGGUGGCGCGGCUGGCGCUGCACCCGCACGUCACAAACAUCCAGGCCAGCUGGUGA